AUGGUUCAAAUGGCUUACCUGCCCAAUGGGCAGAUCUACACUGUCACGCCCGUCUUUGGCGGCUUCACCUUCAAAUCCACCAAUCUCGACCUACACAACUCUCCAAUGCCGCCAGGAUGGACCGUUAUCAUCCAGACUGAGGACGAAGUGGAAGAUGAGCCCGAGGGCCGGAAGAGCAAAGUGUCGUUGGUUCAGCAGCAACCGCAGGAUCAGGAUGCCCGGGUGACCAGAAUCUCUUUGGUGCCACAACCGCAGGGUCAGGAGGCCAGGAAUAGCAGAGGCUCGUUGACUCAGCCACCGCAGAAUCAGGGGGAGGCCGGCCAAAAACAUACCGUGGUACACCGAUUCACAAAACCAACCAUCCAGCGCGAUUCGCUCUUCAUUUCUUCCAUCUCCAUGCCGGCGAGCGCGGACUUCAAAAACACCGCCUCUCCCACAAGGCAUAUUGCCAUGAUGCUCUGGGCGACGUUAUGCUGGUACUUCCAUAAGGAACCUCCCAACCCCCGUACCUUGACCGACGCCUGUGCAUUGACGCCAGAGGCCGGCAGACCCAAGCUGGAGUGGCGGAUCAGAAUCAAAAGAGAAGGCAUUUUCAAAGGCAAGAACACCAUCCAGAAGCUCGAGCGCAUGGGUCUCAUCACCAGUGAGGAUUCGUACGUGGGCACAGAUACCAACGUUCGCAUGCCUACCGGUUGGACUGGAAUGUUUGUCAGCAGGAGGUCUUUCUGGCAGAUUGAUCCCCGAGUGUUCCUGUACACAAUGGCGCCUCAGCAACAUUCGCCCUUCCCGUCGGCAUCGCCCCGUCCUUCUCGCCCUGCCUCGCCCGAGAGGCCCAAGGGCGAGCGGGGCCCCCCUCAUCCUGCAGACCAUGUGGUAUCUGUCCCCAGUGCCAUGAUGGAUGGUUUCUCGGCAGGGAUUUCGUCGCCGGGAGGGCCGUUCAACUCGGGGAGCCAUUUACCCACGUACUAUCCUCCUCCUCCGACCCAGUAUACCUUCACCAACCAUAUACGGCAUCCGAUCCGACCAAAGCCACCCCGCCAGGGUGAGACGUUCUACAGUCGUUACAUCCCCAGUCUUGGGCAGUGGCUCUCCUUUCGAGUACCCACGCUGUCCCCCAAACCGUGCCCACAUCCCCAUUUCAGCCCCCUGGGAGGCUCCAUGCCGGCAAUGAUGCCAAGUCAUGCAGGAGGCGUCUCGGUAGCAACGUUGCCCACGCUGGCCAGUUUUGCAGAGCGACCAUCGGAUUUGGACCUGCUCCAUAAGUGGAUGAACGAUCCUCGAGUGAACAUUGCCUGGGGAGUUGCAGGCCCGGCAUCAACACAGUUGAAAUUUUUGGAGGACGGGCUGAACAGUCGAAAUUCCUUCCCGGUCUACGGCUGCUGGGACGGGAAGCCGUUCGGCUAUUUCGAAAUAUAUUGGGUCAAAGAGGACAAACUAGGCCGGCUACUUGGAGGAGAUGUCGGCAACUACACGAGAGGGCUACACGUCCUGGUGGGCGAACCUGAGUUCCGAGGUCCGCAUCGAGUCAAGGCCUGGCUGUCGGCCCUGGUGCACUACUGCUUUCUCGCCGACUAUCGAACCGAAACUGUCAUGUUGGAGCCGAGGGUGGACAAUACCAAGUUCAUCGGCUAUUUGACCGACUGCGGCUUCUACAAGCAAGGCGAGGUUUCGUUUCCGCAUAAACAAUCCGCCAUCAUGAAACUUGACCGGGAAUCCUGGGAAGCGCCUGAGAUCUAG